GAUCCGGCAAGAAACUCAAUGGGUUGUGUCUAUGGGCUAGAUUGCACGUCGUCUGAGUCGAUUAAGUAAUUAGAGUCAAUACAAUUGAUCGUGGAUGUAAUAAAGUGUAAUUAAUUUGUAAAUUCGACUCUGCAACCCAGUCCUUAGCGGUCGGAACUGAAUAAAAAGUUAUAAACGAUUCAGUAAUUAACUGCUCGUAAUGUUCAUACGCCACGCGAUAAUUGAGGUAUAAAAGAGACUUCCAAAGGAAAUAGACGUUCAAAUGCUAAUAAAGAUGUUAAUCUAUUGGUUCUCUAUCGCAUUGUUUGUUCAAUGUGAAUGCUUUAAUAUUGAAAACGAUGUUGAGGCUUCGAAUAUAGCUGCCGUUCAAUAUAAUGAUCAUGACAAAAUAAGACCCUGUCCCCAUUUCGAUUUGAACUGUAUAAGGGCUUACUUCAAACAACACUCAUCAUGUGUGGUUUCGCACGGACCAGUGCCGGAUCCCCUGAAGCUACAAAAUAUCAUUUUUCAUUUACCGCACGCUAACAUGUCUUUCGUUCUACGUAAUUCUAACGUCGGUGGGCUUAAUGGAAAAGUUGUUGAGUUUUACGUAAACAAGAAAACUCACAAAUUAGUGCUCGCUGCUGAGAUGAAGGAAGUCACACUGGAAUCUUCGCAAAUGAUAGCUAAGUACAGUCGAAAGGCGAAAGAAUCAAUAGAACUAAAUGACGGAGUUUCGGGAAAUUAUGGAACAAUUACAUUCACAACAGUAUUCCCCGAUAUGACAAACCUAUAUUUAGCGGAAGCUGAAACCAACAGCUACAUUGAGGACAGUAACGUGAAAUACUACAUCGGUCCUAAAAUGAGCACUAGUGCGGAAGUCGCAGUUUCGGAUUCAUUUGACAGGGUGCGAAAAAAUCUGGGUCUAGAUCUUCAAGAAGGCUUCGUGUUUCUAGGACCGAUAUUUAUGGCGAAUUUCAUACAGUACAACAUUUGUGAUUUCGGCAUCAAAUACGGAUAGUCAAGUUGAUGAUAGUUUUUUAAGAUUCAUUAAGAUCCUUUCUAUUAUUAUCAUCAUACUCUUAUCAGCAUGACCAACUUUCCUCUAUGCGACAGAAACUUUCAAUGGAAUUUUCAUUUACUACUUUUACUACUACUUCCACAGAGAUCAAAGACCGGUGAUAAUACAAUUAGUUUAAUAAAUUACUUUAGCUUGAAACACUGAUCAGAAUUAUUAGAAUACUUUAAAGUUUUCGUGGUCAAGGUCAACGCCGAGAUUAAACCGCAAAAGCGGUUUUCAUUCUGUCUACGACUCCCAAAUACGGAAAGAAAUGUAAUACUAUAAUGUUAAAAGUUAUAUAAACUCA